AUGGGAAACCUGACCAACAUCAGCUUGGCGCUAACAGACUACUUCCUGGCUGGUGAUGGCCUGGACUACGAGGUUCCUCUGGACGAGAUCCCGGACACCACGCAGGGCCGGGCCUUCUUCGUGGCCACCAUCGUCAUCGCCGUGGUGCUGGUGGGCAUCAUGCUGGUGUGUGGCGUUGGAAACUGCCUGUUCAUCGCCAGCCUCGCCCGUUACAAGCAGCUCCGAAACCUGACCAACCUGCUGAUCGCCAACCUGGCCGUGUCGGACGUGCUGGUGGCGGUGGUGUGCUGUCCCUUCCUGCUGGAUUACUACGUGGUGAAGCAGCUGUCGUGGGAUCACGGCCUGCUGCUCUGCGCCUCCACCAACUACCUGCGCACCGUCUCGCUCUACGUGUCCACCAACGCACUGCUGGCCAUCGCCGUGGACAGGUACAUGGUCAUCCUCCACCCUCUGAAGCCUCGUAUGAAGCACCAGACGGCGUACUGCGUGAUCCUGACGGUUUGGAUCGUCCCCAUCUUCAUCUCCAUCCCUUCGGCCUACAUGGCCUCCGAGACCACGUACCCGCACGUGGCGGGUCGCACCCACAAGACCUUCUGUGCUCAGAUCUGGCCCGUGGACCAGCAGGUUUACUACCGCUCAUACUUCCUCCUCGUCUUCGCCCUGGAGUUCAUGGGCCCCGUGACCGUCAUGGCGGUCUGCUACAUCCGGAUCUCCAGGGAGCUGUGGUUUAAGGAUGUUCCGGGUUUCCAGACGGAGCAGAUCCGGAAGAGGCUCCAGAGGCGUCGGAGGACGGUGGUGGUGCUGAUUCUGGUGCUGGUCGCCUACGUCCUGUGUUGGGCGCCGUACUAUGGCUUCGCCUUGCUGCGGGACUUUUACCCCACCCUCAUCUCCAGGGACAGGAACUCCCUGGUGGCCUUCUAUAUAAUCGAGUGCAUCGCCAUGAGCAACGGGGUCAUCAAUACCCUCUCCUUCGUGAGCGUCCAAAACAACACCAAGCGCCUGAAGAAGGCGGGCAAGUUCCCGCCGAGGCUGGUGACCUUCGUAGCCGCCAAGUUGGUGGAUGAAGGGGAGGCACGGACGUCCUCCCUCCGAGUGACGGAGGACGCGGACGGAGCUCGGCCGAGGUAG